AGAAAUACCGGUAGACUCUGUUGCUUGAUUGACAACGUCAACGAAAUGACAGUCUAAGUAUGACUAAUCUGAUUGGUCCACCAACACGUCAUACAGUAUUUUUAGUGCAAACGUAAAAAUGCAGGUAUAUAAAACGUGUACGUGACUUCAGCAUUAAACCAGCUUAACCUUUCAACAUGGCAGAGGGACCCAACGCUGAACAAGCUUAUUUGGCAAAACUACUCGAUAAAGCUAUAGAACACUGUCCAGGAGAGAAUUUGGAAGCAGCCGAUGUUUUGUACCGCAAUCAACCUAGACGCUUUUUCGACCACCUUGUAAAUGACACCAUGAGGCCUUACACAAAGGACGGAGGAGGGGAUCCACGCAAUCCUAUGAAUGGGAACCUUGACGGUAUAUUCUUUGGGGUGACCUUGUAUAACAGUGAUCUACCAAAUGUGUCACCAUUUGGAGACACCAGAGUGAAGGUUCCCCUGGGGCAAGUCUUUGAUGAGGCAGCCAGGCUGUACUUCGGGGAUUUCUACUGUGUGACUGUGAAAAGGCCAACUCACUACGUCAUAUUGGUCCUGACAAAGCCUGAUACAGAAGCGGAUGUCUUCUGUCAGCAACACCUCAUUCGCUUGAAUGAAAGAGAUAACACGUUUCUGAAGAAGGAAGGAGAGACCUACGAAACGCUCAACCAGAAGGAUAUGUGGGUUGAAGUAUUCUAUACGAGUGAAGUGAACAUAUCAGGGUUCGAACUGGAAAAUACCGAGUUGGCUGCGAGGAAAGGUAUCACAGGAGGCAUACCCAAACCACCUGGCUGUAACAUAUGCAAUGUUCCCAUACACGAGGGACAAUGACCUUGCCACACGUUACGUAAAACCCGACGGACAUGGUCAGUCAGGAAGACAGCCUGGAGACAGCCAGAAGAUCGACUCGUGUAAGACCCUACAAUCUUCAAUACCUUUUUGAGAAUGUAAGCACUGAAGUUAUUUGUACAAUUUGUGAAAACUGUAUCUGGUAUUCCGACUGCAAGGGCGACCGCGAGCAGGAUGUGCCGCUCGGUGGAAUCUUGUCCAAGGUUCUUUGUGUAUGAGCCGGAAUCUCCGCUCACCUGUAUUUUGUGUGUACGAGCCGGCACCUCCGCUCAACUUGUUAAUGUUAUGUAUAGUAUGUAUCUUGAUUAUUUAAAAGUUCUAUUGAUAUGUUAUUAAUGUUAUACGUGGAACCAUGAAUUAUGAUUCGUCUGUGAUUGCUAAUGUUUUAUUCAAGUCAUUUACUGUAUCAUCGAACUUGUACCUGAAAUAUUGUUUGAAUUGUCUCUCUAUAUUUGUAUUUUGACAUUGCCACAAAUAAAGACUCCAAGGGA